GCAAUCCGCCGGCAAAAAUGUCAAUUUCCGUGUGAGAUUCAUUCACCAAAGUCUGCCAAUUGUGAUAAUCCUCGUUCUUUCCACGCCGUUCUCCGAAAAUUAUCGACUUUUUUACCACAACCGUGAAAUUAUUGACCAAGCAACGACACAGCCGAAGAUAAAAAUAGAUCAAAAAUGUUGUCUCGCAAGCCAUCAAAAGUGCGCGGCAAAGAGGUUUUCGACUCAAAACGUCUCUCGGAUUGCGAAUUUUGCUUCAGUGAGCCCGGAGAAACGACAAAAAUCCUCUCGGCCAAUCGGGCGAUUCUUUCGCUGGUGAGUCAAGUGUUCGAGACGAUGUUUUUCGGAAGUUUGCCCGAAAGCACAAGUAAACCCGUAAAAAUUGAAGACAUCGAUUACGAUACGUUCAAAACUUUCCUGCAGUACAUUUACACGCGCGAACUGGAUUUGGAGUCAAUUGACGAUGCCAUCAAACUUUUCUAUGCUGCCCGGAAGUACGACGUGAUGGAUGUCGAGGACACGUGCGAAGCUUAUCUCUACACGAAAAUCGAGCCAGGGAACGUCUGCCAAAUUUUCGAGUUUGGAAAACUCUUCGAAAAACCCGAAUUACGGGAAAUUUGUUUGACCGUUAUUCGCGCGAAAACGAACGAAGUCUUUGCUUCGGCGGGAUUUCUCGAAGCCGAUUUGGGCACUGUGAUAACGAUUUUCGAGCAAGAUGAACUUUUCAUAAAUUCCGAGCUGGAACUCUUUGAAGCGCUCAACUCGUACGCCACGAAAAAUAAUUUGCUGCCCAGAUCCGAGGAGGAACGCAAAAAACUCUCGUCUUCGUCUUCCAAAGAAUCUUUCGAUGGUGGUGCCGUCGUCGCCGUUUCAACGAACAAAAAGUCAAUUCCCGAUCCACCGACAAUUUAUGAUGCCGUACGAAAAAUCCGCUUCCUCACAAUUUCCGGUACGGACUUUGCGGGCGAGCCAAUGCGAUCGGAAUUGCUGUCACAACAGGAAAAAUUGGCGAUUUUGAGCAAUUUGGUCGCUUCGACAUCAGCUUACUAUCAAAUGCCGGAGGGAUUUACGCAGGACACGAGUGUCAGGGGAGAUCGCAUGGUUUUGUGUAAACUGAGAAAAUUGCAGACAAAUUAUCCGAAUGCACGGUUUUGUUGUCCGCACGACGGAAAUGAGUCGAAAAGUUCAAUUGAUUAUAUCCUGUUUAGUUGCACGCAGUUCUCGAGUGGCCGGCAAAAGAUGAUCAACUGUUUCAAGGAAGACGGAGUGAGUGAAAAUUUGAAUCAUGUGUUGGAAAAGAAUAAACCAGCUAGUUUGAGGGCACUUUGCAAGUAUAUUAAGCAACAUGAGCUGGAUAUAAAGUAUUUGAAGGACUACUAA